GGUGCAGCGAGGCCCCUGUUCUCCUCAUUCCCGCGGCGCUUGGGCGCGGCGGCUCGCAGACUCCAACCCGGAGGCGCUCCUUCAUUCCCGGCCCUCACGGAGCUCAAGCCUGGGACAAUGGUGUGCAUUCCUUGUAUCGUCAUUCCAGUUCUGCUCUGGAUCUUCAAAAAAUUCCUGGAACCAUACUUAUACCCUCUGGUCUCCCCUUUUGUUGGCCGUAUAUGGCCUAGAAAAGCUGUACAAGAAGCCAACAAUAAAAAUAAAGGCAUAGUAGGCUGCAAGACUGCAGACACAAAUGGAUUACCAACAAAAGGACCAACAGAAAUCUCUGAUAAAAAGAAAGACUAAUGUGAUUUUCCCCAAAAGAUCUCAGUUGUUUGAAAAAUGGACCUGAUGAUAUGAAGCACCUUCUUUUUAGUUGUAUCUGACCUUUUUCUUUAAGACCAGAAUUCUGGAUAGACAAUUUAGAUAUUACCUGGUACUAAUCAGGAAAUACAUGGUAUUUAUAUUUAAAAUGAACUUAGUUGUAUUUAAUGACCUCAUUUCUGAGUUCCUUUUCCAUUAAAAUAGUUCUCAUUCCCUUAUUACUGUUUUAAUAAUAUGAAUAAGUAGGAGAUUUGUGCCUGUAGACCCUCUACUUAAAAUCCUUGGUCCUUUAGCACUUGUUCAAAAGAAUUUGCCAUUUGCUGUAACUUAAAGAGUUCUAAUUUCAAAAAUUUUACUGUGAAAUAGUACAAUGAUAAUGAUGUGAAAAGAUGCAAUGGAGUGCUCAUAGGAGUAGUACCUGCUGCUUAUGGCUCUGAUGAAAAUGAAAAAAUUCCUUGAUAAAUGAAACAUCUUUUACAUAUACAUCUAAUAUAUAAACUAUAAUCCUGUUGCAUUCCUUCUGUACCUACAAAUGCAUUAAACAUUCAGUUUAA